GUCUUCUUCUUUUUCACUAUUUUUUAUUUUUAUUUAUUAUUAAAAAUUUGUUCUAUUCCUCAUAAAGUGUUUAUUUUUAUCAGUUUUUUUGUGGUGUAGAAAAUAGAUGGUCCACGUUUUUAUGUGGAUUGAUUUUGUUUGGUACCUUUUUCCUGUGAAAAAAAAGGGUUGGUUUUUAGACGAAAUUAUGAGGUUGUGAUGCUCUGCUCAUUGGUUUAAGUUGGUGUGUUUUGUGUUGUUUAUUGGUUUUUCCUUUUUCAGGUUUUUAUUCUUCCUGCCCAUCUUAUCCCUGCUCUGCUCUUACUGCUUUGGAAUUUGUGAAGAGGUCAUUGAAUAUUAUCCUUGUGCAAACUUUUUGGCUAUAAGAGAGUUGUUUCUUGUGGUCCGAUAAAUUCAUUUGAAUCUCAAGCCAUUUGCUGAGAGACUGAUACACCUGAGUUGACACACAAAAUCUUGAAUUUCUCAUUUUCAUAUGUUUUAAUAAUGCUAAACAUCGCAAGAUUUUGGAGGUUCAAAGAGCGAAAGUUAGUAGUUUCUAUGUUGGUCGUCUUGCAUUUUGGACGGAGGUGAAGAUGAACACAUACUUUAGGAAAUUUUGUUAUGUUUUGGAAGUUGUUUUUAUUCUGGUCUGGAUGUGGUAAUUACUGAUUGACAAUGGAAGGUUCGUCUGAUACUGGUUGGUUGAAGUCCACAAGUUCGAGAGGAUUGGAUAUUUCUGCAUCUUCAGAAAGGAAUCUGAGGCUGCUCCAUGCAAGUAGACAGAGCUUAUCAACGGAUGCAUCACGCAACUCCAUAUUUGGCGGUGGGCGGAGGUCAAGGGAUGAUUUCGCGGAGGCUCCUAGUGACUAUCUGAGGAACCGUUUGGGUGCAUCCGGCGUAUCAGAGGAUGAGAUCGUAUUGGAUUCUGUAAUUCGCAGCAUAGAAUGGGGUGAUAUCAGCUUGAGACAGUGGCUAGACAACCCGGAACGCAGUGUUGAUGCGAUUGAAUCUUUGCAUAUAUUUAGGCAGGUUGUUGAAAUUGUUAGCACCGCGCAUGCUCAGGGAAUUGUUCUUAUCAAUGUGCGCCCUUCGUGCUUCAUAAUGUCUUCCUUCAACCAUGUGUCUUUCAUUGAGUCUGCGUCUUGUUCAGAUUCAGGAUCGGAUUCCUCAGAGGAUGGGGUGGAUGUCCAAAAUACGGAGACGAAACAGCCAUCGUCUUCCCAACCCGAUGAACAACUUGAGAGGAAAAGUGGGUCGGGACAUAAAGAAAGCGAACAGAUACCAGAUACGAGUGGCUCAAAGUCACAUUCGACUCACGCAACUGAUUUAGUGUUAGUAGAAGAGAAAGGUUGGUGUGAAACUAAAGAUGCUAGAAGCUCCAAAAAAGCUGGAGAAAAACAGUCUUUCCCUAUGAAGGAAAUUUUGCUAAUGGAAACGAAUUGGUAUACUAGUCCAGAGGAGAUUGCAGGUGCUCCAUGUUCCUGUGCUUCAGAUAUUUACCGUUUAGGUGUUCUUCUUUUUGAGUUAUUUUGCACGUUUAGCUCCAUCAAAGAAAAGAGUGGAACAAUGUCUAGUUUACGGCAUCGAGUUCUUCCCCCAGAACUUUUGCUGAAAUGGCCUAAAGAAGCUUCGUUUUGCUUGUGGUUAUUGCAUCCAGACCCAUGUAGUCGGCCAAAAACGGGUGACCUUCUGCAGAGUGAGUUCCUUAAUGAACCCAGGGAUGAUAUUGAUGAACGUGAAGCUGCAAUAGAAUUGAGGGAUAAGAUAGAAGAACAGGAACUGUUGCUAGAGUUGCUUAUGCUCAUGCGACAAGCAACACAAGAUGCUGCUAAUAAGUUGCAUAAUAUGAUUUCUUUUUUGUCUUCUGAUAUUGAAGAAAUUGUAAAUAAACAAAAGGCUCUAAAGGAGAAGGGAUGCACAUAUGUAGGCUCGGAGAGGAUUCGUCAGUCACCAACAGAUCUCCCUAAAAGUAAAACUGUUGAACUUGGAACAUCAUGGAAUUUGGAUGCAACAGAUCACAACAGACAGGGAACUCAAAUACAUGACGUUCUGAAGACUAGUAUUGAUCAAAAUGAAAAUAAUCAAGAAAGUUUACUUUCAAAGAACUCGAGAUUAAUUAAAAACUUUAAGAAACUUGAGUUAGCCUAUCUAUUGACGAGGCAUAGGCCAGUCAGGAUGUCAAUGAAACCAGUGGGUGGCCAUUCUCAACUUAGCAGCAAUAGUAGAGGAUCUGCAGUUUUAACGGAAAAAAGCUCAAGUGUGUCAUUAUCAAAGGAACAUAGAAGUAAUACUGGAGAAAGUGGAUGGAUAAGUCCCUUUCUUGACGGUUUAUGCAAGUAUCUGUCAUUUACUAAAUUGAAUGUGAAAGCAGACUUGAAACAAGGGGAUCUCUUAAAUUCUUCCAACCUGGUAUGCUCCGUCAGUUUUGAUCGUGAUGGAGAGUUUUUCGCGACAGCUGGGGUUAAUAAGAAGAUCAAAGUAUUUGAGUGUGAUGCCAUCUUAAGCGGAGAUCGUGAUAUUCAUUACCCCGUUGUUGAAAUGGCUUGUCGUUCAAAGCUCAGUAGCAUUUGCUGGAAUAGCUACAUUAAAAGCCAGAUUGCAUCAAGUAAUUUUGAAGGCGUAGUGCAGGUAUGGGAUGCUGCGAGGAGCCAAGUUUUUACGGAACUCAAAGAGCAUGAAAGGAGAGUCUGGUCUGUUGAUUUCUCAUCAGCAGAUCCAACGCUACUGGCAAGUGGAAGCGACGACGGUUCAGUUAAGCUCUGGAGUAUCAAUCAGGGUGCAAGCAUCGGAACCAUCAAAACAAAAGCCAAUGUCUGCUGCGUUCAGUUUCCCACGGAUUCUGGCCGGACACUUGCAUUUGGUUCAGCAGACCACAGAAUCUACUACUAUGAUCUGCGGAAUCCUAGAUUGCCUUUAUGCACAUUGAUCGGGCACAACAAAACAGUAAGCUACAUCAAGUUUGUGGAUUCCGUCAAUCUAGUGUCUGCAUCAACUGAUAGUACACUCAAGCUUUGGGACUUGUCGUUGUGUGCAUCUCGGGUCAUUGAGGGCCCUCUGCAGUCAUUUACGGGACACACCAAUGUAAAGAACUUCGUGGGUCUCUCGGUAUCAGAUGGGUACAUUGCCACAGGUUCCGAAACAAAUGAGGUAUUCAUCUAUCACAAAGCAUUUCCAAUGCCAGCGCUUUCGUAUAAAUUCAACAGUAUAGAUCCACUUUCGGGCAACGAGACAGACGACACUGCACAGUUCAUCUCUUCUGUAUGUUGGCGAGGGCAGUCAUCUAUGCUGGUCGCUGCAAACUCCACCGGAGAUGUUAAGUUACUGGAAAUGGUAUGAUUCUUCGGAACACAAAUGGAUGGUUAAGAUUAUAGAUGUAUAGGGGAAUUUAUAGGAUCGAGUUCCUCCAAAAUGAAUUCAUGUCGAAUGAUUGAUUGUAUUCUUGAGUAAGAUGCUGGUAAAUUAUUGAGGGGGGCUGGGAAGGAUUAACCAUUAUACAAUUUUGAUAUUAGUUCAGAGAUCUGAUGUGUGAAACAUAUAUUAAUUGCUGUAAAUAAAUAUUUUAGGUACUAAAAGAAUUAAUGGGCAAGUUCAUCAAGCCCAUGUAUAACCUUUUUAUAGCUCUAAAUUUGAUUUAUCUUCAAA